AUGACUCAAAACGUGUUCCCGAAGACAUUCCAAUGGGGCUUUGCCACAGCUAGUUAUCAGAUUGAGGGCUCCCCCAAUGCAGAUGGUCGCCUCCCGUCAAUCUGGGACACUUUCAGUCACACGCCCAACCGAACUGCGGAUGGUGCAACGGGGGAUAAAGCGACGGAAUCUUACAAGUUUUGGAUGGACGAUGUAGCUUUGCUCAAAUCUUACCGUGUCAAGGCGUACCGGUUUUCCCUUUCGUGGUCUAGGAUCGUCCCUACAGGCAGCCGCCACUCAGAAGUGAAUCAAGCAGGAAUAAAUCACUAUCGACGCUUCAUUGAGGCCCUGUUGGAGAAUAACAUACAUCCUUUCGUGACCUUAUAUCAUUGGGACUUACCUGAUGAAUUGGAGAAGACUUAUGGUGGCUGGCUCAAUAAAGACGAGAUCGUGAAAGAUUUUGUCUUUUACGCAGAGACCUGUUUCAAUGCCUUCGGCGAUCUAGUCAAAGACUGGAUCACUAUCAAUGAACCCUGGUGCGUAAGCGUUCUGGGGUACGGGAACGGUGUACAUGCUCCCGGGAGAUCAAGCGACAGGAAAAUUUCUCCAGCUGGCGAUUCCUCUACAGAGCCUUGGAUCGUCGGUCACAACGAGAUUUUGGCACAUGCAUAUACAGUGCAGGCUUACAAUAGUAAAUUCAAGGAGUUACAAGACGGCCAGAUCGGUAUUACUCUCAAUGCAUCGUGGUUGAUGCCCUACGAUGAUUCCGAUGCCAAUGUGGCGGCGACGAAGCGUGCGAUGGAUGUCACUCUUGGAUGGUUUGCGGAUCCGAUCUACAAGGCGGCGUAUCCGCAAGCUCUCAAAGACAUGCUCGGAUCGAGACUUCCCGAGUUCACACAUGAGGAGAUCAGCGUCCUGCGUGCAACCUCAUCUGACUUUUUUGGCUUGAAUACCUACACAAGCCACCUCGUGCAGGAGGGAGGAGAGGAGGAGUUCAAUGGUAAAGUCAAGUAUACGUUCACGAGACCUGAUGGCACGCAGCUGGUUGGCAUUUCAGCCCAUGUUCCGUGGCUCCAAACGUAUGCCCCAGGAUUUCGAGAGCUUUUGAAAUAUGUGUGGCAGACGUACAGAAAGCCUGUCUACGUGACCGAGAACGGCUUUCCACGCAAGGAUGAGCACAAGAUGUCUAUCGAUGAAGCUAUCAAGGACCGCGAUCGAGUACAAUAUUACAGUGGCUAUGUCAACGCUAUGCUGGAUGCCCUUACAGAAGAUAGUGUUGAUGUCCGAUCCUACUUCGCUUGGAGCUUGCUAGAUAAUUUUGAAUGGGCUGAUGGUUAUGCGCCGCGUUUUGGGGCAACAUAUGUCGACUAUGAGACUCAAAAGCGAUACCCCAAAGAGUCGUCAACUUUCUUGACCAAGGUGCGCUGUGUCUGA